AUGGGACAGCAAUUGGAUGACGAGCUCAAGAUGUACCAACGCAUGGAGAGAGGCUCGACAAGCCACCCAGGUCGCAAUGCUGUUAGAUCGUUACUCGACUCGUUUGAUGUCGAUGGGCCCGACGACAAACAUCGGUGCCUCGUGCAUCCUCCAUUAUGGGAGAGUGUUUUGACUUUUCUGCGCCGCAACCCAGUCCACAUCAAGGCCGACAACAUCAUGUUUGGCAUCGCCGAUGACUCGGUUUUCAGUGACUUUGAAGAGCGGGAGCUUCAAACCCCUUGCCCAAGGAAGGAACUAGAUGGAAGAAUAAUCUACGUCUCCCGGGACCUCAGAAUGCCCAAGGAAUGGGGCGCCCCUGUCCUCUGCGACUUUGGCUCAGCGGUGUCCGGUGGCACAGAGCACUCGGAAGACAUUCAACCUAAUAUUUAUCGAGCGCCGGAGGUGAUUCUGGAAGUCCCCUGGACGUACAGCGUUGAUAUAUGGAAUGUGGGAUGUAUGAUUUGGGACAUUUUCGAAGGCGAGUCCUUAUUUACCGGCCACGACCCAGAACUUCAGACAUACCGAAGUCGAGCUCACCUCGCUGAGAUGAUCAGUCUUCUUGGGCCCCCGCCGCUCAGUCUUCUUGCUCAAGGGAAGGCGAGCCGCAAAUUCUUUUCCGAUGAAGGCGACUUCUGCGCUGGAAUUCCAUUACGAGAUCGGAUUCCGCUCGAGGACAGGGAAACUACUCUCGAGGGACAGGACAAAGCGAGUUUUCUACGCUUUAUGCGGAAGAUGUUGCAGUGGGAGCCGGGCAAGCGUAGCUCCGCUAAAGAACUAGAUGAGGACGAGUGGAUUCGUAAGAAUACAUGA